CCUGGAGAAUAUUAGCUCGGAACUCGUAAUCAAACAGGGUAUAUCACCGACCCGCCAAUUUCCAGGCUCUUGAAACUGUAAAUUGCUUCCAUCUUCUUCAGUCUCACAUUCUACUUGUCCACUUAUUUUAAUUCUACAUGUAGCAUCCCCAAUCACGAGUUUUUCACCAACAAUUGCACAUACGGAGUGGGUUUUUAGCGUCCUCCAAUUAUCAAUUUUUCACCAACAAUCGCACACGCGGAAUGACUAUCUUCUUUCUGGAAAAAUGGGUUUGACGCGAGGAACAUUGCUGGAAAUAACGUCUUUGGAUGAUGGGUUUUGUUUUGUUAAGAUAGAAGCAGUGAAGUGAUGAAAUUUGAUGUCUUCGCAAUAUAACGUUCUUCAAUUUCAGGGUUUUUCACCAACAUACACGACAGAGUAGUAGAGUGAUGAAAACUUGUUACUUUUAUCUUCUGAUUGGGCAAGAUCGAUGAGGAGCAUCAAGGUAUUGCCUGAAUCUGUUAGAAAUUCUUUGCGUUCAGGCAUCAUUUUGUCAGACUUAACAAGGGUAGUAGAAGAGCUGGUGUUCAACAGCCUUGAUGCUGGUGCCACAAAGGUGAUUGUAGCAGUAGGUGUUGGGACCAAUUACAUUAAAGUUACAGACAAUGGUUGUGGCAUUACAAGGGAUGGAUUGGUGUUGUUGGGAGAAAGAUAUGCUACUUCUAAGUUUGAGCAGCUGUCUGGUCUGAACACUGUUCCAGAGAGCUUUGGCUUUCGUGGGGAAGCAUUAAGCUCAAUUUCUGACCUUUCUUUGUUGCAAGUUGUUACAAAGGCUCAUGGAAUGCCAAAUGGAUACUGCAAGGUCAUAAAGUGUUCCAAAUGCUUAUAUCUGGGAAUUGAUGAUGAUAGACAAAAUGUUGGCACAACAGUUGUUGUUCGUGAUUUAUUCUACAACCAACCAGUUAGGAGAAGGCAUUUACAAUCCAGCCCCAAAAAGGUUCUUCACUCUGUUAAAGAAUGCAUACUAAGAAUUGCUCUUGUUCACCUUGGAACUUGCUUCAAAGUAAAUGAUAUUGAAAGUGGUGAUGAGCUUCUUUCCUUGUAUCCUUCAUCUUCCCCUUUGCCCCUAUUGGUGAGUAGUUUUGGGACAGAAGUUUCCAGUUCUUUACAUAAGUUGGAUGAGUCUGAUGACAAAUUAAAGCUCUCUGGAUUCAUAUCUAGCCCUUGUGAAACUUUCUCUGUGAAGGCCUUUCAAUAUUUCUAUAUCAACUCAAGAUAUAUAUCAAGAGGUCCAAUACAUAAGUUGCUGAAUCAAUUGGCUACAGAAUCAGAGUUGUUGAAGGGUGACAUUAGAUCUGAAUGUGGAAAGAGGAGCAGGUAUCAGGCAUGUCUAACCUACAUAUUGAACUUAAGUUGUCCUCGAGCUCAUUAUGAUUUAAGCUUUGAACCCACAAAGACUUGUGCUGAAUUCAAGGAAUGGGAUCCUGUGUUAACUUUCAUCAAGAAAGCCGUUUCAUGCUUUUGGAAUCAAGAUCCCCUGAAUGAUAGUGAAGUUCCAAAGAAGAGGCGUGUGACAUGGUCCCAUGAGACUUCUAUUGUCCUUUCCUCACCUCAAUUACAGAUGCCAACAGAAUCCAAACACAUGAGUCAUCUUUCAGAUGCCAAAUGGAAUCCAAACAACAAAUUACUUCUCAAAGAAUCAUCCCCUAUUCAAUUUCAUUUUGAUAAUCAUCUCAUAAAGCCCUUUCUGAGAAGUUGCUCCUCUCACUUAGAUCUGUCACCUGUUGUUACAAAAAUUCAAGAUGAUGAAUUUGAUAAUAUUAUUCAGGGUUCUGAAUCAUGGCUGGACAAAAGUACAACUGUUUGGUCACCUCCUAGAAUCAUCAGUACCUCAAACUUGAGUGUAGACUCACCUUUUUUACCAAAAGAGUCAUUUGAUUCACUUCUGACUGAUGGAGACUUGUUUACAGAGAAUAAUAACAGUCCUUGGGAUACUCCAGUUGCAUCAAAGCAUCAAUCUGAUUGGUCUCCUCUAAUGUUUGAUGAAUCUAGAGAUGAUGUUGACUUUAAACUUCGCAGAGACGAUUGGUUUGACCUUUUUGCAGAUGAAGAAGGGGAGAAGGAUAUCUUUGACUUUGAUAACAUGAGAUAUAGCUCUUCUCAAGAGGGGUAUAUGAGUUGCAAAGGGCAUGUUAAGAACUCUCAAAAGGACACUCUUUUGUGUGAUUUCAUGAAUGGAAUAGAUUGGGCAAGUCCUGAAUCCUAUAUGUCAUCAUUAUCUUGUGGUGAAAGGGUAAAAAAGACAAAAGUCACUCAAUCUAGCUUUCAAGAUAAGAAGAAGCCAAGGAGACGAAGUCAUUCAGCUCCACCAUCUUACAGAGGGAAGAGAAAGUUUAUUGCUUUAAAUAGUCAGAUGAGUGUUGAAUCAGGGAAUUCCCAAUUUGAGACACCUCAUAAUGCCUCUUUACAAGAAGCUAGUGAUCUGAGGCAUGUACAGAAAUCAUCAGGUGUAGAUCAUUUGCUACUGGAGGAGGGUGAGGAUCCCACUAAGGCUAGACACGAUAAGAAGAAAGUUAUUGAUAAAGCUGAGAUUUCAGAUUAUGAAGGGGAGGCUGCCCAUUGCCUUGAUGUAUUCAAUACAGAUUCAGACUUCACCUCAAGGGACAAUGAAGGUGCAUUAGAUUUAGGGGAAAAAUGGAGGAGUGGCUAUCCAUGGGAUUCAAGUAUAGAGAAGAAGGGUGAUGAGGAUAAAAUACUUGACAUAUCUUCUGGGAUAUUACACCUUUCUGGUGAUUCUCUUACACUUACACCCAAGUCUAUCAGUAAAAAAUGUCUGGAUGAUUCUAAAGUCCUUCAGCAAGUUGACAAAAAAUUCAUUCCAAUUGUGGGUGGUGGAAUACUUGCUAUUAUUGAUCAGCAUGCUGCUGAUGAAAGAAUACGACUUGAAGAUUUGAGAAAAAAGGUGCUUUCUGGAAAAAUGAAGACCAUAUGCUAUUUGGAUGCAGAGCAAGAACUGGUUUUACCUGAGAUUGGGUAUCAAUUACUGAUCAAUUAUUCUGAACAAAUCAAGAAAUGGGGUUGGAUUUGUAACUUUCACGCUCAGAGUUCAGUGUCCUUUAAGAAGAAUCUGAAUUUUCUACACAACCAGCCAUCUGUUGCUACACUCAUUGCAGUGCCAUGUAUUUUGGGUGUGAAUUUAACCGAUGCAGAUCUCCUAGAAUUUCUAAAACAGCUUGCUGAUACUGAUGGAUCAUCUAUACUACCACCAGCUGUUGUUCGUGUUCUAAAUACCAAAGCUUGCAGGGGUGCAAUAAUGUUUGGUGAUGCACUACUCCCUUCAGAAUGCUCACUUAUAGUUGAAGAGCUGAAGAAGACUUCGUUGUGUUUUCAGUGUGCUCAUGGAAGGCCAACAACUGUGGCACUUGUGGACAUGGUGGUGCUGCAUAAACAGAUUGGUAAGCUUGGAAAUUGGAACCGUGGUUCAUGUGGGUCAUGGCAUGGGUUGAGCCGACAUAGACCAACUCUCGAGCGUGCAACUCAACGGUUAAGUCAAUGAUAAAGCUACUGUAAAUAUAAACAUAUCUUUCCAUCAAAUUUUGUCUUUUUAACAUGUUUCAUGUUGCAUCUAUUUUUAGAGAAAUAAAAACAUGUUUAGUACUUUUGGCA